GCAGUUACACUAGUAAACGUGGACGCCUAAGGGGAGGGGCAUUUAUAAAGCGCGGAAGUAAAGGAGAUGUGACGGUCCAAAAUAAAAUGGGCAGAGAGAAAUGAAGCUAAAUCCAGCAGCUGGAUUGACAGAGUGAACAGGUAAAGCCGUAUGAUCCCUUCAUUAAACUCAAAAUUCCGCCAUCUGUAUUCUUGUUGGGAAGUCCUUUACUCUGAGUGUAGUUCCCUUGACAUCAUGGAAUAAGGUACUACUCAGCAUGAGUAAGGGAGGUAAAAUCUGGCCCUGGUGAAUUGAACUGCAUAUUUUUUCUAUGAGAGAGAAAAAAGAAGCUAUCUGAAAGGAUCUUCAUUUAAACAGCACCUCAACAAGAAGCAUUUUCAGAACAGAAAUGAACAGCUGGAGAGCAAAUAACAGCUCCGUCAACAGCAAUGGAACAGAUCUCACUAUUGGCUUUACCUCUUCUGUGAUAGCUGUCUUUUUAUUUGGGACAAAUUUUGUACCUGUUAAGAAAUUUGAUACUGGUGAUGGAAUGUUCUUCCAGUGGAUUCUCUGUGCUGCAAUAUGGAUAGUAUCAUUGGUGGUGAACCUUAUUCAGCAUAGCCCUAGGUUUUGGCCUCUUGCUAUGGUUGGGGGAAGUGUAUGGGCUACAGGUAACAUUACAGUUGUUCCCAUUGUUAAAACCAUUGGUUUAGGUCUUGGACUCUUAAUCUGGGCUUCUUUUAAUUUGCUAACUGGCUGGGCAAGCUCAAGGUUCGGCUGGUUUGGAAUUGACCCAGAAGAGGUAACAAAACCCAUCUUAAAUUAUAUCGGAGCUGGGCUUUCAGUGUUAAGCACUAUCAUAUUUCUUUUUGUAAAAAGUGAAGUUCAAAGUUCUUCAACUUCAUUAGAAGCUACCCCAUUACUGAGAGAGAGUUCAGUCAACCAUUCUGAAAAUACCUGUUCUGAUGCUUCAUGGGUAGACGGUCUUUCUCCACUACGAAAAAGAGUAAUAGGCUGUACCCUAGCAGUAGUAGCUGGAAUAUUCUAUGGUUCCAGUUUUGUGCCCGUGCUCUACAUCAAGGAUCAUGGUAGAAGAAAUGAAACGCUAUACACAGGAGCAAGUCAAUUUGAUUUAGACUAUGUCUUUGCACACUUUAGUGGAAUCUUUCUUACAAGUACCAUAUAUUUUUUGAUCUACUGUGCAGUCAUGAAAAAUAAACCUAAAGUUUACCCUGAAGCCAUAAUACCAGGGUUUGUUGCUGGUGUACUUUGGGCAAUAGCCAAUUGUUGCUGGUUCAUAGCUAAUCACUACCUCAGUGCGGUGGUCAGCUUUCCAAUAAUCACUGCUGGCCCUGGCUUUGUAGCCGCUAUGUGGGGAGUACUGGUAUUUAAAGAAAUAAAGGGAUUGAAAAACUACCUGUUACUCUCCGUAGCAUUUUGCGUCAUUUUGGCUGGGUCACUCUCCACGGCUUUUUCUAAAAUUUGAAGGGAUUGCUUGGACCAGCAGAUGGUGCUACUGUUUAAUAAAAACACUCCUAAGAAGACUGCAAUCUCUGAAAUUUUCUAAACUGAUUAAUAGAUCUUAAUGCUGACGAGACAGAUGAAUAUUUGAAGUUCAAGAUUUUUUUUGCCAACUGAGAAAAUUCAGCAGUUUGUUUCAGGCCUGAAACAAGUGAAAGAUGGUGUGGAAUAUAUAUUUUUUUAAUAUAUUGGAAGAUGCCAGUGUUGUCUUUCUGGAUGAUUGUAGGAGCAAAAACUGGUCUUCAAAGGGUUUCAAAUAUUUUUAUAAUUUUCUGUGUUAGAGUGCAUUGGUCUAUAAGUUAUCAUUGAAUCAGGAUAUGUUUUAAUUUGCCUUUGCAGGCUGGAGGAUAAAGGGAAUGUUAAUUCUGGGUUCUUAAUAUUUUACUUCUUUGCAAGGCAGUACACUUGUUUUAAUAUAUUGUGUGUUCUGGUGUAUUAGGGCUGAUAUGCAAAACAACCUGUAAACAAAGUAACCAUAGCAUCACUGAAGCAAGGUUUGUUGGAGUGGGCAUUGUUUUGUAUUGUUAGGACAUUAUCUAUUAAAGUGACACUUUUUAUGGUAAA